AUUCGGCGCGGACUGUUGCGGCGAAAGGCGCGCGGCGUUGGUGUUCCCCAUUCGAGACAGAGACGCGAGACAGACAGAGAAAGAGAGAGAGAGAUCAGUGCCGGAGAAAAGACGAAGACGAACGGAGGAAAACGGGAUAAAGACGGGACGAACGGUACAGCGGUAAUUUCGAUUCGGAGCCGAUUCGAUUCCCUAAUUAACGGAUAAGGACCGGCCAACGGUGCGCGGCUAUUUAUCAUACACCUGUACGGAUAUCGACGCGGUGGAGAGUGUCGAGCGAUCCCGGGGCAUUGUGAAACGGAAACUGUUCGCCGGAAGUGCGGGGAUUUAAUUUAACGGCGCGACUCGCGUGUGGAUUACCGGCAUCCAGAUCUAACGGCCGCUUCAAAAAUCACUUGAUGCGCUGAGGAUGCGCCGUGAUUUCUGCAACGGUGGGCUUGCCUGCGCCGUUGUGUGGGUGUCAUCGACCUGGCUGCUACUGUCCUUGUCGUCAUCGGUCACGGCAGAGCCACCAUUGAAGGCAGUAGGUCGAUGCCCAUCCUUCGAGGAGCAGAACGUGUGUCCGGCGAGAUCCCCGGCCUGCAAGAAUGAUUUCCAGUGUCAGGCGUCCGGCGAGCGUUGCUGCAAGACCGCCUGCGGUUUCAGAUGCGUGGCCGGAGAGCUGACCGGAUGCGAACAGCUGGCGCAGGCGGCUGUGAGGAGGUCGCGCGCCCUCGGCCCGCGCGGACCCUCGCAGUUCAUACCGCGAUGCGACAACGUGACCGGCGAGUUCGAGAGGGUGCAAUGCGGCCCGGAAGGACACACCUGUUGGUGCGUCGACGACAUCGGCGCCGAGGUGCCGGGGACCAGGGUCUCUUCCAGGAAAGAUGUCGACUGUGAUCAUCCCAGGGAGUGUCCGGCUCAUAGCUGCCGAAUGUUGUGUCCUCUGGGCUUCGAGAUCGAGCCACGGACAGGCUGUCCUAAAUGCGAGUGUCGCGACCCUUGUCGAGGGAUCACCUGUCCGGGGACCAGUCAGACAUGCGAGUUGACCGACGCGACAUGCGUCCGUCCGCCAUGUCCGCCGAUCCCCAGCUGUCGCAAGGCGAAGUCCCUGUCCACGAUCUGUCCGGCCGGCGAACCGUUGCAAAUCACCGACUCGCCGCGGCCGUUCCUCUGCGGCGAUUCGCCGGGCAAACCGACCUGUCCGCCUAUGUACAGCUGCCUGGUGGAGCCGAAACAAGAGUACGGUGUCUGCUGCCCGUCCAGCAUAAACCUGAAGAGACCGGGAACCUGUCCAAUCGAGGAGCCAGCCAUCUGCGGCAACUCCUGUCAGCACGAUCUCGAAUGUCCUGGGCCCCAGAAGUGCUGCGGCAGCGAGCGUUGCGGCGGCGGCGUGUGCACCGUUCCCCAGGGACUCAGCGCGUGCCACCGGGACCGAGUGCUCGCCGAGAUGCUCAGCGUCACGGAGCGACAGGGGCGUGGAUACGUUCCGCAGUGCACGGAUGAUGGAGGGUACGACCCGAGACAAUGCUCGAGGAACGGUUUGGUCUGCUGGUGCGUGGAUAAUAAUGGCAGGAAGAUAUCUGGUUCUAUGGGACCGGCGGAGAAAGUCGAUUGCAGGUCGAUAACGAAGGGAAGGUCUCUUCCGGCUUCGUGUGUUUCGCAGCAGUGCGCUCAAGUCUGCCAGUACGGGUUUAAGACCGAUGCUUCCGGCUGUCCCACUUGCGAGUGCGAUAAUCCUUGCGAAGGCUUUCCCUGUCCCGAUAAGGAAGAAUGCGUGUUGAGCAAAGAAGACGGUUGCCCAGAUUUCCUCUGCCCAACGAAGCCAGAAUGCAAGCCUAAGAAAGCUUACACGAGCCCCUGCGCCUACGGGACUCCAUUGAUCGACAACGAGCGCAAUGCGGUCACUUGUUCCGAGAACGACACCUGUCCACAGGGUUACAGGUGCUCUGCCGUACCGGAAGCUGGCCAGUCAGUGUGCUGCAUGGCGUCGGCGAACUCGACGAAGCCGCAAACCAUGUGCGAGUAUCUACGAGAAUUCAACGACCGCAUGGAAGGCACCAGGGAAGACAUGUCCCUGGCGAUUCAGGCUCCCCAAUGCGAGAAGGACGGCAGCUACAAGCCCGUGCAGUGUCACAACGGCACCUGCUCCUGCGUCAACGACCGCGGAGUAAUACUGAAGACCGGUGUGAACCGUAGCGCCGACUGCAAAGAAAUAAAGGACCUGUUGAAACUCUGCGGAUCUCUGACCUGCGACCUGGUCUGCCCAUACGGCUACGAGGUGGACGCAACCGGAUGCGAGCAGUGUCGCUGCCACGAUCCCUGCAAAGACGUGUCCUGCUCCCCUCACGAAACCUGCACGAUGGUAGACGUCAACUGCGGCUCAGGUCAAUACUGCCCUGCAGUGCCAGCCUGCCUGGCAAUGAAACCAGGCCAGUGUCCUUACCUAGUGCCCAGCUCGUCCAGCUGCGAGCUGCAGUGCAGCAACGAUCAAGAGUGCUCUGCGUCGGAGAAGUGUUGCUCGACAGGCUGCGGAACGCAGUGCGUGGCUCCGGUGAUGGCGACCGCUUGCCAGCACGCGAGAGCAGUGGCUGAACACGCUGCCAGAGAAUCCGGCGAACCGGCCAGGCGGAUCUACAUUCCCAGGUGCGACGCGGGAGGAGCGUUCGAGCCGGUUCAGUGUCACAACGGGAUGUGCUGGUGCGUGGACGAAGAAGGCAGAGAAGCGGCAGGCACUCGAGUCCUCGAAGGCGUGAUCCCCAAGUGCAACACGCCGCACAGGUGUCCGGAGACCGACUGCAAGCUGGACUGCCCGGAGGGAUUCGAGCUGGACCCGGACAGCGGAUGCCCCACCUGCUCCUGCAGGGAUCCUUGCAAAAGCGUGACUUGCAGAGGAGAGAACGAAGCUUGCAGAAUGGUGGAGGUAGCUUGCAGCGUGCCCCCCUGUCCGCCUGUGCCAGUGUGCCUGCCGAAGAAGGACAAUCCUUGUCCGAAUGGCUCGCCGCUCUUGAAUCAAGCCGGCUCGCCGGCGACCUGUGGCCCCCACGGGCAACAUUGCCCGUCGACGCACAAAUGCGAACUGUCCCCGUUGGACGAGUACGCCGUUUGUUGCCCGAAACCUCGGGAGGUUUGCUUCGAGCCGCCUAGGAAGGUUCUCUGCAACCCGACGAUGGGAUUCAACGAGACGGAGAGAUGGUACUUCGAUCCGGAGCGGAACGAGUGCAGAAAGAAGACCGAGUGCACGCUCGGGCACAACGACUUCACCAGUCGGCUGGUUUGCGACACUGUUUGCCCGGUGCUGUCGCAGUGCGAGAGGCUGAGGGAGAAGAAUCUGAAGACCUCCCAGAGGCUGAAGCAGCCGACCUUCUUGCCCAGGUGCGACCCGGAAACCGGCAUGUGGGAGUCGGUGCAGUGCCUGGAGCACGUCGGCGUAUGCUGGUGCGUCAACAGGAAGGGUCAGCCGGUGAAAGGUUCGUUGACUAGGGGGCCGGAGCCUAAGUGUAACUUCAGGCAGGCGAGGAGAGGCGGCAGGGGUCCGGCGGUUCAAGAGAUCGACCGCGAGAUCCAGGCGUUCAUGGAGAACGCUCUGAUCAGUUUGGAGACCGACGAGAAGCAGAUUGGCAAGGUGUUGGGCACCAGGUGCCAGGCGAUGAAGGAUAAAGGGUACGUGCCUGCCAUCUGCGAUCGCCAGGGAAGAUUCGAGCCGACUCAGUGUGCCGGCGACACGUGUUGGUGCGUCGACGAGGCUGGCAACCAGCUGAUCGGCUCUGAACCGUUCCUCAAAGGCACCAAUAUCUGCUUACCGACCCCAGUGGAAGCUGUCGAAGUGACCUUGCAUUUCCCCGGUCGAUUUCUCGCCAACGACGAGACCACCUUCGUCAGACACGCGGAGGACUUUCUCCACGAAUUGGGGGCCAGAUUAAGGAACGACAUACGAGUGGAGAUCAACCAAGACUCGGCUGUGCUCAGUUUCGAGAUAAUCGGCCCGAACAAAGUGGACAUAGCGUUCCACUUGGAGGAGUUGACCAGAAUCCAGAAAUUGUCGGUGCUGGGAUCGUUCGCGGACGCGACCAAGUCACGGUUCACCCACAGAGCGACGCCGAUCGCCAUGCAGAGUCGAAUCGUCGCGUUGGAGCAACGGGAAAUCUUGACGGAAGUGGAUACGCCCGUUUAUCAGACGGCAACAUUGGUUUUAGCGGCGGGAAGUGCUUUCAUAAUCAGCAGCCUGCUAAUACUGUUGAUGUUGUACCGCAAAAAGAUAAAAAUGAAGGACCCAACGAAACUGUUGGCGUCGGACCAGCAUUUCCUUGCGUACCAGCAACCAGUCUAUGUGAUAUCGGGGGUGGAGCAGGAGGACAAGAAGAAGGAGACGGCCGAGGUGCAGGAGAGCACGUCCACGUCGGACGUGAUCGGCGCAUAAGAACGAUCCGCGGACAGGAUCCUUCGCGCGCGAAUCGUUCUUAGCCCGUGCCCGAAUAUAGUCACAAUUAGACUGCGGAUGUUUACGGGAAUUCACGUUCUCUCGCUGGAAUCGAGCUCAUUCUACGGAGAACCGUUUCCAAAGAACAGACGGGAGAUAUCUCGAUCGAACUGUCAUCCCUGAAAAUCGAAUUAGACCAAUCCCUUCCGACACGUCUUCCGUGUUCCCGAUUAAUUCGAACUGCUUUUCCAGAAUACGCUGAGACGCUUCACGUUGAACGCGACCUCAACUAACUCGAUUCUCCCCGAAUCCUACGCGAUAGAUACUUUGAUCAAAAACUGGUUGAGUUAAUAUAGAUCAACUUAAAACUGAAGUAAAACCUGAUUCCUAGUAGUAUGCUUUCUUGUCGCUAUUCACUAUCAGCUAAGAUGAACUUCUCAACGCUUCACCUCCUAGUAUAUACUGCGUUCAGUUCGGUCGGGAAACACGAUCGCUCGUUUCGAACAUUUUCAUUCUAUCCGACGCUACUCCCUGUAAAUUCGCAUUCGCCGCGCGUGCAUGUAAACGUCCGCAGUCUAGUCAUAAUCGAAGUCACCGCCCGCACAACUCCACCUCUCUCAUAUCGAGUGAAAUAUUUAUUCUUUGAUCACGAGGCGCGUCGCGAUUGCUCGAAUCGACGGUCGACCGAACGGGUUCGCAAGCGGUACCUCCUUCCGUGAAGCAAGGAAAAAUGGAACAGAUCGGUGAUGAGCAACACGCGGACCUUCAAUUGUUUUACUCGCGCUCCGUCGAAUGGCCGAAGACGAAAAAUUCCCAUUAGAAUGUAACUCAUAAUCUCCAUUCUAUACAAAUCAUAAUCUUCCACACCACUACGUCUAAGUAUCUAAUUGUUAAGUGCUUAACACUCGAACCACCGAGUAGUCGAACCAAUAUUUCUAAUUCUCUUCUACGAAUCGUGGAAGUAGAUUUAUUCAAAUUCCGAUCGAUCUAUAUCUCACUGUACGCGUUCAAUGUCGAUUUACUUGGGAAUUCCUGAAGAAAUCGUUCGUAUCAUUCGAAUAAUUGCGAACGAAGGAAUUCAGAGUGAGGUUCAGUUUGAUGCAUUCGGUAGUUCUAGUGUUAAUAUCGCGCUCGUAGCCAGCCGCGUGGAAUACAAAGUUUCCAAUUUCGACCCGAUACGAAACGAAGGUUGCUCACCAUUGAAAUAAACGAUUCUCACGUCGAAUACCGGACGCGUCUCGCGAAUCCGUCGAAUCCACGGUACAGGAUGUACAUACUUGUGAUACUUUAGGGGGGAACUGGGGGGAGGGGAACGGGAGGGAGGGCGUUCGGUGAAACGUAAAAGGAUUCGGUCGAUCGCCGAGAAUGUAGUUCUUUAUUUAGAACGAUCGGAUUUUCUCGCGGGUUUCUACCGGUUCUCCGUCUGUGUGUGUGAGUACCUACGUCGGAGCACCACCAACGCAAAAAUGUCCUGGCGCGGCGGCGUGACGCGGGGAUAUCGUUGCGUUGAUCGUAUCGUGGGUGUAAAUACUAGAUACAUACUAUGUUCGUUUAUUUAUAUAGCUCAAUAAAGACGAGAAA